AUUCUGAGUUAAGCUCAGAACUUCCAGAAGACAGCUACUCCUCCGGAGGUGAAGCGCUGGAUGGUGAUGAUGAAGAUGAAACCGCAGCCCCUAGCAAUGUGGGUGAAGAGGCAACAAACUCCAAAUCUGGCCCAAGUGCAGGCUGGGCAGAUGCCAUGGCAAAAGUGCUCAACAAAAAGAUUCCACAAAAUAGGUCCACCAUUUUGGCCAAGAAUAAAAAACUGGACAAGGAAAGAGAAAAGGAAAAACAAGAAAGGCUGGAGAAGAGAAUAAAGCUCGAUAAAAAGCGGGAGUGGGAAAUGAUGUGCCGAGUGAAGCCAGAUGUUGUCAAAGACAGAGAGAGAGAAAGAAAUCUUCAGAGAAUUGCCACGAGGUAA